CGCAAAUGGAAUGUCAUUGACCGACUUAUCACACGUAGGGUUUCUAAUUGGAUUAUGGUUAGAACUAAAAAUUGGUUUUAGUGUUAAUUUUGUUAACUGAAAAUACAAUUAGUCACCAAGAUGUGGCUAGAUGAGGCGGACGGCUUUGCCGAGAUUUUUAAGGGCUAUUUACCCUAUUACUUACUUGUGGCUCUACCUAUAUUUAUCAUAAUGUCUCCUGUGAACCCGGUCGCUGCUUCUCAUGAGUUUUCCGUGUACAGAAUGCAACACUACGACUUACACACCGUUCCCCAUGGAUGCCGCAGUGCUAGCUUCAACUUGGAAGGUCGUUCUUUAACUUCCUGGAGUACUUCUCGUCACUGUGUUGUCGCCAGGGUGCAGGAUAUCAGCAUUGAACAGUUCAUAGAGAUCCGCAGCAAAGCAGGUGCCUUGCUGCUGGUGUUGCCUAAAAAUGACACUGUUCUUACUCCUGAGGAAAAAGAGCACAUCCAACUCCUUGAGAUGGCCAUGAUCCAGCAAGAAGUGAGUGCCCCAGUCUACUUUGCUCGCUGGUCUCCAGACUUUGAGGAUAUUCUGCGAGACUUACAGCACAGCUUCAUCACUGAUGACAAGUCAGGAACAGCUCUGGAAGCUAUGAUGAACUCAGUGUCUUCUAAUGGAUAUCAGAUUGUGGUAUCAGCGUCGACGCCCUCUAAGCUGGACUCUAAACCAGUGACCCUUCACGGGAAGUUGGUCGGUCGCUCCGGGUCGGCACAAACGAUCGUCAUCGCAGCGCAUUAUGACUCUUCAGCUGCCGUACCAGAGCUCUCCCAAGGCGCAGACUCCAACGCGUCCGGCGCGGUUGCAAUACUCGAACUAGCCCGUGUGUUCUCCCGCCUAUACAGUAACGCGGCCGUGAGGGGCGCUCCCUCUCUACUCUUUGUACUCACCUCCCUCGGACACUCACUCAACUACUUCUCUGCUAAGAAGUGGUUGGAAGAGCAACUGGAUUCUACUGAUGCUGCCUUGUUGCAAGACGUCUCGUUCGUUAUGUGUUUGGACUCAAUAUCGUCAUCCCCUACAAUGACGAUGCACGUAUCGAAGCCUCCCAAACCAGGUGGCGCGGCCCACUCCAUCAAGUCACGUCUCGGAGUCAACAUUAACCAUAAGAAGAUCAACCUUGCUGACGAGUUACUGGCCUGGCAGCAUGAGAGAUUCAGUAUUCGAAGGAUGACUGCGUUCACACUGAGUUCUUUGCAGAGUCACAAAGACCCAGCCCGCAGUACCGUCCUAGACACUCCCUCGGAGGCAGCCAUUAGGAACUUGGUAGACAAUAUAGCUCUUACAGCCAGAGCGCUCGCUUCCCACAUUUACAACCUCACUGAUGAGGUCAACCAGGAGGACGCCGAGCUUUAUAAUGAUGCUUUGGGAGUGGACGAAGCGGCAAUAAGACAUUGGUACACAUAUUUAUCGUCACAACCGAGAGCGCCACAGAUCGUCACCACAACGCCACCUAACGCAGGAGUGACGGGUGCCCUAGAGCGAGCACUCUCUCGUUACAUGGAUGUGACAGUGAGCACACACACGGUAGACAAGAGGGAACCCGAGUACACGCUUUACGGACCAACCAGGGCGUCACUCUAUGUAUAUAGUGUAAAACCAGCGGUGUUCGAUCUAAUACUGACCCUAGCGAUAGUAGCUUAUCUAACAGUAGUCUACUUCGCUAUACAAUUGUUCCCGCGAUUCUACGAAGAAUACGCAAAAAUCGUAACAGGUAAGUCCAAAGUACACUAGCUUAUUCCCAAGUGGUGUGGAGAAUGUUCCAGAAUAAUCCAAUAUGGCCGCGCUAAUUAAAUGUGUAGGUGACGCUAGAUGUAGCUACGUGUUCUCUACGAAUGUAUUUUUAAAUAGUAUGAGAGUUGGUUUUUAUUGUUAGAUGUUUCGUUUUUCAAAAGAUAUGAGUGAGUAAUGUGAUUUAAUUCCAAAGAAUUUGCGGCCAGUUGAUAGGCGCUUGCGCAAGCAUUUACAUAAUAAUUACAGAAAAAAAAACAGUUUUUAGUCGGUUCAUGAAUGCACUUAUGCACGGUUGGCGCUGUGGCUGGGCAACUGGCUACUGUGCAACGUGUCGCGGGUUCGAUUCCCGCACGGAACAACACUUUGUGUGAUUCACAAAUUGUUGUUUCGGGUCUGGGUGUGUUGUCUAUGUGAAUUUGUAUGUUUAUAAACGAACACACGACACGGUUUUUUUUUAAAUAACAUUAACACUGACGUGUCGCGGGUCUUGCCUUCACGCUAUGAGUGAUAACUGUUAUGUAAAAAAAAAUACAGAUUAAAAUGUCUAGAAGUCUUUAGAAAAAGUUAUUCGCCGUUACGCCAUUACACAAAUAAAAAAAGUAUAGUUGAAAAUGAAAUAUCUAACAAUUAAAACCAACAAGCAAAAGGAUCGGUUGUACACAAAAUGAAAUAUUGAAUUGUUAAUACAGUUUAAUGCAUUUAUUUAAAAAAUAGUUGCAAAUCUAUACAUUUUAAUAGCAUAGCUAUUUGUCCUAAAGACUCGUUCAAGUGCAAAUUGUUCUAAUGUUAUUGUAAGGUUAAUUAAAUACAGUUAGAACUACGUACUACGACGCUCAGGGAAUUUUGAACUCUGUUGCAUAUGACUUAUAAUGAUGAAAUUUGUAUGGCUGUAGCUACCUUCACCUACACGAAAAUCCAAGAUGGCCGACCUCAUAAAUAAUAGUACACUCUAUUAUCAAACUAAACACAUAAUAAACAGAGUUCAAUUUCGCUUGUCGUGGUACGUAGUAAAUUAUAGUCAGUAAAUUGAUUCGAACUUCAUUCCCACACCACGAAGUCAGUCUUAGUGCAUAAGUGUUGAACAAUUUGAUUUACAUAUUAAAGCGUAAGUUUUCACAAAAUAUAAUUUAUAAAGAAAAAUAGAGAAUGGAAUAAUUUUUUCAUACCUAAACCUAAUUGUUUAUUUAUGAAGAUACAGAUAGCUAUGUAUAUAGGUGAUUUUUUGUUCGUUCUCUUGACUGUACUGUUGCUAUCUUUGUCUUUCGCGUAUAGUUAGAAAGGGACAGAAAUAAAUCUGACAGCUGUCAAAUUCGUUGUCCGCUUAGCAAAUCGUGUGCCGAGCUUAAUUCCCGCGUCUACCAAAGUAGGUAGUAUGUAGGGAAUUUGAAAAUUCAAUAAAAGCACGGAGGACCCCGGGAUUACGGAGUCACGGGUGCAGGAAAAGGAACAGAAUGGUUUUUAGUCAGUAAGAGUCUGACACUCCCUCUCAUCCCACCCACAGCGGGAAAAGCGAUUGGAUGUUUUUCCCUCCUCAAAAAAAAACCUUUAGGUACUACAUGGAACCCUUACAUUGUGAUUAUGUUCACAACUUUUAAAGUUAUCUUCUGUCCUUUUCUAAAGUUCUAUGUGAGACUGAGAUAGCAAUAGGUAUGUUUUAGAUAAUGAGCAAAGAAGUCGUCUUUGUUAAUUGAUGGAGAACUAAAUUUUUGUCAGUGAAUGUGCUAUAGCAACUCAAUGUUACCUGUUUUGAAUAAUAAUUAUGACAGACUAUGCAAAUUUAACAACUACUUGAACCGUCAGGUAGAUAAUAAAAAAAAAUAAACAAGUUUUUUUAGCUUUGAGAAUAUAUUUAUUAAAAGUAAAGUUUGAGAGUUAACUGUCUAUUUAAAAUUAAAAAUUUUAUAGGUAUCGUCGUAAGCUUUUAUUUGUUUUACGUAAAUGAAAGAAAGACACGCUGCCAAUUUUUUUUUUAUUUUGAGCACGCAGUAACUGUUUUUAGCAGUUUAAAAUGCACAGGAGAAAAACCUAGUGUUAACAACAUAAUAAACGAUAUUCAGAAUUUUAACUUAACUUACCCACGUAACUUGAAACUUGUAGUUUCUCAGUUUAUUCGGUUUCUGGAAGUAAGUCGUUAUUAUUAUUACAUAUUUUUAUUAUCUACCAGACGGAUCUAUUGGGAAAGUUUUAGUCAUCAACCCUUAAAGUCUAUAUUUCAAAUAUUUUUAUAAUUUAUUCGUCUCUGUCUGAAAUUAUAUUUUUAAUGUACCUAUGUGGUCGUUAUUUGACUGACAAUUUCGCCGUCAAUGAAAAUAUUAAAGCUGUAUUUAAUCAAAGCUACUAAGCUUAGUAAAUCGUAUUCCUUUAUCUAUAGUUUCUUUAAGAAUGCUGUUCAAGCCUCGCUUUUGUUUAUAACUAUUUGAAUCGACGGCGAUAAAUUUAGUUCUGUCAUCUUCUAAAGCUGUUCGCGAAGUGUUGUGAUGGUAGUUAAUCUAUUUUGAACCUUAAGGCACACAAUCUGAAAAGGGCUUAUCACGUUCGACAUGUGAAUCAUAAUGAAAUUCCUUAAGAACGAUUUUACUUUGUGUAUGUUCCCUUCGGGUACCGAAAUGUCUAUGACAUCAGAGAUGUUUCCAUACCUCUUUAGCUAGAACAAGUCCGAUUCAUUUUUCAACUGAUUUUCAACCUUAAGUCAAGAUGAUGAGGUUGAAAAUAAGUCUAAGUUAUUUGAUGGAUUGCAUAUUAGUACUAUUGUUACGACACAACGUGAACGCCGUACUAAAAUAAAGAGUAUUUUUACAAUAAAGCCGUGAACCAAGGAGUUUAUAUAUCGUGCAUAGAAUAAGAACGAAAGCAAUACAUAUUUCCAAGUUUAUAAUAAUAAAUUAAGAAAAAUAUUAUUGUGAGAAAAAAAGUAAUAAUUUAUUGAUAAAAGUUCGUAUUUAUCUCAGCUAAGUAAAGUAUUAUUUUCAUUCGAAAAUGUCCGUUUAGAUGCCAAAAUUAAUAUAAUAAUUUUAAUUUAUUAUUUUCUUUCGCAUUUUUUGUAAGAUUGGUAAUGAAAUGAUAAUUAUAAUUUGGACUCUAUUUGUGUGUUAAAACAUCUGGUUAUUGCUUAAAAGUCAGUUUCAACGUCUCUUAAUACAUUAUCUAGUAUACAUAGAACUCAAUUAGUAUCUACAGAUGCCAUGCACACUAAACUUAAUUUCAAUACCAUAAAGUCGAUAUUCCGUUAAACAAAUGAAGCUUUAUAUAUCUUUGUGUUGGUGUCUAUACUAUAUCUAGCAAAGAUUAUCAGAGACUUUAAAACUGGCUUUUAUUUACCGUGUAUCUGUUACCAUUUGUAUGGUUAGCGUUUAAAUACAAUUCGUCAACAUUUUGUUAAAUUUGUGUUUGUUUUAGAAUAGAAUAUAGAUGUCUUUAUUCAUUUUAUACUGUGGUUUGGUUGACCGUCCUUCAAACAUGUUCCUUAUGUAAUAUUUCGUGCUACAAUACACUUCUAUUUCAUUUUACUUGGUGUCUUUAAAUUCCUUAAAAUAUAGAAGAGAAAAUUACAGGCUUUUAAAAAUCUAUGAAUUAAAAAUUAUGAGGGCUAUCAUUUUUAUUAUCGCCAGAUUGCGCUUCGUGAGAUCUUUUACCGCGCUUUUAAUGGCUGCGCAUUACCAAAUAGUUUAUUUGUCAAAACCUUACGCUACACUAGCGAUCCUAGCGGUAAACUCAAUUCCGAUAAACCUCUAUCUAAUGACCAUAUCAGUCAUUUUGUGUGAUCUCAAUUUUAUCAUUGGUUUCUGUAAAUUUCUUCUAACCAAUCAAGCUAAAGUUAUGUUAAAGUAACUAACAUUUUUUUAGGAAUUUCGACACCAAGUUGGCGAUUUUCUUAUGAUGAUAAAUGUCGAAAACGAAAAGGAAAGAAAUAGGAUUCUUCGAAGCAUUAGGCCAGCAUUAGUUAUUGCCAGAAAAUCUAGUGGAAUGAUCAUUGGACUUCAAACUUUUUGGGUACUUUGUGGGCUGCAAACUAAUGAUCAAUUAUUUCGGGGCCCGUGUAUCUAUAGGUCCUAUGCUAGAUCUCCUUCCGAUGGUACCGGGUUCAUGUGAUUGAGAGAACAGAGAGUCCACAUCUCUAGUUAACUAUCCUCUGAUGUAAUUGGUCCAUGUAACUGAAUUAGGGUAGGCAAUAUGACCAUUUGAGGUCAGACGCAUUUAUUCCAAUGUGCCAGUGCUUAUAGAAAAUGUAGGUAAAGAAAUGUCUGGUACCUACUAACCAAAAAAAAUGGAAUUCUUACCUCUUUUUUGAGGUUUUUAAUUUAAUAAAUGAAAUAAGUAAAACUUUAAAAUGUUUUGUUUUUUGUCAGACUUACAUCAUAGGGGAAUCGCUAAACCGGUUUGCAAUGUGAUAAAAAUAUAUUGUUUUUUGCGUAUGGCAAUGUUGUGUUUUCCAAUUAGUUUUACCAAAUAGGUUAAGGUUUCAUAUCCUACGGUUUUGGGUGCAUCUAAUUUGAUCGUUCUGAGAGACACAGCGGGGCAAACUUUUUUAUAAUUUAAUUCGAAAUGAACAAUUUUUGCGGUUUAAAUAUGAUAUUUUUUAUUAUUACGAUAAGCGGUUACUGUGUGUUUUGUGAUUAUUUCAAAUUAAUGGAUUAAUUAUUUUAAAUAACAAUAUUUGUAAAAAUAUUGUUAUUUAAAAUAAUAAUAAAUUUUAAAUAUUUGUAAAUUUACUCUUGAAUUCUGAGCCCAGAAAGAGAAAACUCGAAUGAAUAUUUUUACCAAUCAGGUUAUGAAUUUAAUAGGUACUUAUCUCAAAAUGAUGUUUCUACUAUCUAGUAAAAUAACAACAAUUAUAUUCCACAGUUAUACUAUCUAUUUAAUUUGAUCGUAUGUAUUAUCGUGUCUACGUAAAUAUGAAUACAUGUGCAUGUCGCCAGCCUGAAAAAGCUAUAGGGAUAUUGUUUUUUUAUCAAUUGAGAAUUUUGCCUACGCUGUGUCCUAUUAAGUUUGUUUCAAAUUAUAAGGAAAUAGUUUCGAACAAAUUGUCAAACUUGUGUUUGUAAGAGAAAAUGGCGGAGCUGAAUGGAAUUGAAUAAAAUUUUGUUUUAA